AUGCCGUCCAAGCUAGAUUUGGAACACAUAGCGGCCAUCGCCCAGCCGGCACAGCUGCCGUGCGGCCUGACUCUCUCGAACCGCCUUGUCAAGGCAGCAAUGGAGGAGAUGCUCUCGAACGGCGACGGACUGCCUAGCGAGCUGGACGAGGCACUGUACGAGAUCUGGGCUGAAGGAGGUUACGGCAUGCUCAUCUCAGGCAACGUCCAGGUCUCGCCGAAGCACCUCGGAACACCGCUCGACAUCUACGUUCCCUCCUCGCCGUCCCCUUCGACCUCUGCCGCUUUCUCCCGCUGGGCACAGUCGAUGCGACCACUCUCCGACGCUCCUCGACCCCUCGCGAUCAUGCAGCUGAAUCAUCCGGGUCGGCAAUCGAUGCGGUUGUUCUGCGGCCGACCAGCUUCGCAACCCUCUCUCGCUCCUUCCGCCGUACCGAUGGCUGUCGGGCCAAACAUCCUCGGCUACGCUGUUGGACGGCUAGUCUGGGGUACGCCGGAGGAGAUGACGGCGACGGACUUUGAUGAGGUGGUCGAGCAGUUUGUUGCGGGAGCGCGACUGGCGAAGGAGACGGGCUGGGACGGUGUCGAGCUGCAUGCGAGUCACGGGUACCUGCUCGCGCAGGUUAUGAGUCCGAAGGCCAACUUGCGGACAGAUGCGUAUGGAGGAACGGCUCGUAAGCGGCUCACCCUCCUCUUCCGCAUCGUUGAUGCGAUACGAGCGGAGCUACCACAGAAGCGCGGCUUCUGUGUCGGUGUCAAGCUGAAUUGUUCAGACUUUAUCAAAGGCGGCUUGACAGAACAAGACGCGCUAGACAACAUCAAGUGGAUCGCAGAACAUGGCGGGAUAGACUUUAUCGAGAUCAGCGGCGGUACCUAUGAGAACCCAGAAUUCAUGAAUCCCGACGUCUCCCUUCGACCCUCGACCCUCCUCCGAGAAGCCUUCUUCGACGCUUUCGCCCACCGCGCCCGAUGGCUUCUUUCGACCCUGCCACCCUCCUCUCUUCCUUCGCCAGCUCCUCUCGUCCUCCUUACCGGCGGUCUCCGCUCUCGAGCCGGCAUCGCUCGCGCCCUCUCCUCCUCGACCAAGUCACCGCCUGCAGCAGACCUCGUCGGUCUCGGUCGUCCCGCGGCCGCAGAUCCCUUCCUACCACACAAGCUCCUGCGAAAGACGGUCCCAGGCGACAUGGCGCGACCACCGUCGUACGACUCGCUCGCUGGCGUCCGGUGGAUCCGGUUCCUCUUCGGCUGGCUCGCAGUUGCCGGUCCAGGCUUGGACGUCUUCUAUCACACCAUGUUGCUGCGGCAGAUUGCGCUGGCGCGAAUGAAGGAGAAGAGACGGGUCGAGCGGCUGAACGGACCGAGGAAGGGGGACGGGACGCCUACAAAGGUUGUUCGGACGGGUGUCGAGGGAGAGGAUCUGCCGCUAAGCAACUUCUGGGUGCUCGGAUGGCGAGUAUGGGUUGCGCCGCUGGUACCGGCGUGGAUGCUGGGGUUGGCGGGCGCUCUCGUGUUUGCGGUGCUCGGUAGGGGAUGGAAGUGGGCAGCGUAG